GUCGGUGGCCUCCGAGACGGACGAUGACAGAUCGCGCCGAUUCGUAAAAUUCGCCGAGUCUAAGUAGAAAGAAAAAAAUAUUAUCUCGUGUGUUGGUCUCUACGCGAGAAUACUCGGUUGAGGACUCCUCUCUAUUUUAUAGAGUACGAUAAAAUUAGGUUAAGUCGGGUUCUUAUCACUUCGUCCUCCUGGCUCGAUUCCCCGACGUCGUAGACAGUGAGCUCAACAGGCGGAUUCCGCGUAAAGUGGUGAAUAGAUAUAUGGAUGUUGCUGUUGGCUCCCGCAGCGUGUUUCGACUCGGGGACCAGACGGAGCAGGCAAGAUGAAAUAUGUUUGUCCAAAUUCUCGUGCAGGAACGUCAAAGAGACACGAUUGUACGAUUUUGAUAAAUCGCCAGCGAUCCGUAACUGUGAUUUCUACGUUCAUAUAUGGCAAUACGUGAGAGGAACUCUAGCCACGAGCAAGAUGCCUCACAUCACGAGAAAAUGGGAGCUAUUUCCGGGCAGAAAUCGCUUUUGUUGCGACGGCCGAGUGAUGAUGGCACCGCAAACCGGAGUAUUCUAUGUCACAGUGUGCCUCAUCGUCGGAACAAGUGGAUUAUUCUUCGGUUUUGAUUGUCCGUAUUUGGCACUACACGUAACACCAGCAAUACCAGUAAUAGGAGCUUUGCUAUUCAUAUUUGUAAUGUCUGCUUUGUUCCGCACAAGCUUCAGCGAUCCUGGAGUAAUUCCGAGAGCAACACCUGACGAAGCAGCUUAUAUUGAAAAACAAAUCGAAGUACCAAACAAUGGCAACUCUAAAACAUACAGACCUCCUCCUAGAACAAAAGAAGUCUUGAUUAGAGGACAACCAGUAAAACUAAAAUAUUGUUUCACAUGUAAAAUAUUUAGGCCACCAAGGGCCUCUCAUUGUAGCUUAUGCGACAAUUGUGUAGAGAGAUUUGAUCAUCAUUGCCCAUGGGUCGGUAAUUGCGUAGGCAGAAGAAAUUAUAGAUAUUUCUAUGCUUUUAUAGUGUCCCUAGCAUUUCUUUGUGUCUUUAUAUUUAUAUGCGCAGUCACGCAUCUAAUUAUGCUUACAAAGGAUAACAAGCCGUUUUUAGAAGCUGUCAAGUUAUCUCCGAGCAGCGUUAUUGUCGGAGUCGUAUGUUUCUUCUCUGUUUGGAGCAUUUUAGGUCUUGCUGGCUUUCACACGUAUUUAACUAGCAGUAAUCAAACAACUAACGAAGAUAUUAAGGGAUCAUUCACGAAUAGGAGAGGUCAGGACAAUUUUAAUCCCUAUAGUCAAGGAAAUAUCUGUGGAAAUUUUUUUUAUGUUCUAUGUGGACCAGCUCCACCUAGCUUAAUCGAUCGAAGAGGAAUAGUCACACCCGAAUAUCGCGCAGAACACGAAUCAAUUGGUGAUGAUAAUAUGAUCACUAAUAAUAAGACGUAUGGUACUGCCAAGAUCGUACAGCCUCAGUCAAAUGGUACAACGGUUCAAACAAGUCCUACCACGGAUUUUACGGGCUCGAUGAACAAUUUAAUCAGCGGUCAACAUUCUCCGAGAAUAGAGUCAAUAAACGGUGAGUUGACCCUCUUGAGGCAUCCUACGCGUUGCCCCGAGGAUCUUCCAAAAUAUCCGCGCCAAUAUAUCAACGACACUUAUGUGCCGCCAUAUCCGACGCAACAUUGCUCUCAGGAUUCUAUGAAACAUAUUAAAUAUAACACUGAGAUAGACCGAUUAAAUCCAGAAUUUCAGAAGUAUCCGUGUAGAUGCGAAGAGAGUUUACAAAAGUAUCCUCACAGAUGUAGAGAGGAAUAUCAUAGAUGCUCGGAUAACAAUCUCAUAUAUGAUCAGUGCAUAGGGGAUCAGAAAUACGACAUUGAUCUUCAAAAGUAUCCUCAGAGAUACUCCGAGGAUCCCCUACGUUACCAGAUAAGCGAGAAGAACGGUUAUACCGAUCUGCAAAAAUUUCCGCAAUGUUAUUCCGAGGACCCGUUGCGAAUCGCGCAAUCCUCGCAUAUGCUUAAAUAUAAUAAUUUGAGGUGUACCGAGCACAGUUUAAAAUAUCCAAUAUCGAAGAAUAUUUUGCCGGCGCGUAUAUUAGGUACGGGUGGCAUUCCGAUUAUCGGGCAGACCGCGAUCGGACUCGUCGUCAAUAGAUUUGGCUCUGGACCACUAACCAACGAUUUAUCAUAUACCGAGAACUCGUUAUGUCCGAGUGAUAGUACCGAAGAAGAUCUGUUGAAUCGACGUUUCAUUAUGAGUUCACUGAGUGAUAACGAGGAUAUUUAACGUUUGUUAUAUAUAAACCAAUAAUAAUGCAUUUUUUUAAAUAUACGAUUUGGUUAUAGAGAGAAAAAAGAAAAAACGAUACAAAUCAUGUAAUUAUUACAUUCUCUUACCAAAGAAAUUGUAGAUUCGUAAUAUUAAAAAGCUUUAAUAUGAUUCGUCCUAUUCUCAAAUUCUCGCACUAAAGAAGUGCUCUAAUUUGUAUAUAUAAAUUAUAUGGUUGUUCUUGAUUUAAUUGGGAAUUGAAAAAAAAGAAUUAUAUAUACAAAUGUCAAGCAGUUGAAAUUAAUUGUUGCAAAAAGAGAUCUAUUUAUUUUUUGAAAAUACCGUUUUGCGUUAUAUAUAGAUUUUUAUUUUGAAAGUAAAAUAUCUAUAUUAUAGUUAUAUAUAUGAUGAUAUAUAAGUGAAGUUAUAAGAAAUAUAAGAUGUGUAGCAGUUGUAUUUACUUAAGAUGCAAUUCUUUUUUUUUUUUUUCCAUAAAACAUCUUUUUUGUAAUUAUAAUUUAUAUAUUGUAUGAAAAAUAAGUUCUUUUUAAAUUUGUUAUAUUGUAUUAUUCUCUGCAUUCAAUAUAUUCUCGGUUAAAAA